UUGGCGGACCGCUCCCUCUCCCCAUCUCUCACUAUGGUAGAUAAGGUUCUGCUCUACUCCACUCCCCUCUCAUGAAAUCUCUGGAACCCUAGCUCCUGUCUUUCCAAAGAGAAAUCUCAGCCGUUUAAAUCCAACCAUGGGCUCCACAAUUCUUCCUCAGGCUCUCAUUUCAAUCCCACGAACUCUUCCUCAUUCUUCAAAACUAGGGUUUCCCGUUCUCUCCUCUCUCCCGUCUCCUCUCAAUUCGAGCCGAACUGCAAUUUCUAGAGCUUCAUCGAGCCGAUUCAGCUCGGCAAUCGCGCCCUGCAUCAUCCAGCCGAGAAAGCGAUCUUUUGUCGUGAAGGCGGAAUUGAAUUCCGAGGAAGAAACCACUGAAGAAAUUGCAGAAGAAGAAAAUUCGGAGGAAACGGGUUCGGAUCCUGAAAUUCCCGACGCUGAAGAAGAGGAACGUCCUCCGAGGAAACCACGAGUCAAGCUCGGCGACAUAAUGGGGAUUUUAAACAAGCGGGCAGUUGAGGCAGCAGAGAAGGAACGCCCUGUGCCAGAUCUCAGGACUGGGGACAUCGUAGAAAUUAAAUUGGAAGUCCCAGAAAAUAGGCGCCGGGCUUCCAUCUAUAAAGGCAUAGUUAUAUCGAAGCAAAAUGCAGGUAUUCAUACUACGAUUCGAAUUCGGAGAAUCAUUGCUGGUAUUGGCGUCGAGAUCGUUUUCCCUGUGUACUCCCCUAACAUCAAAGAGAUAAAAGUUGUUAAACAUAGGAAGGUUAGGAGGGCAAGGCUGUACUAUCUGAGGGACAAGCUUCCAAGGCUGUCUACCUUCAAGUAAACUCUACAAUAUGCACGUAAAUGCCCAUGAGUACAGUUCCUGUUUUGUUGGUCUUAAAAAAAAAAAAUUUGUUUUCAUGCCUCCCAAGUUGUGGUUGUGGUCUUUUUUUCUUUCUUUUUUCCCUAGAGAUUCGGGAUGCAUCACUUGUUUUAUUCUCAAGAUCAUUUUUGGUUGUUUUGUAGGUAGUCAAUGUUAAUGUAAGAAA